AUGGCCCAAGGUGGAUCAAAGAAUAUCAAAACAAAGGGUCAAUCAGGUGGAGCAGCUAGAAAGAAUGGAGGGAAAACAAGACCUGGAAGAAGAGAUAUAGCUCCAAAGGAUAAACAUAGGAUCGCAGAGAGAGUUCACAAAAAGCAAUUGUCGAGUAAGAUCAACAAUAACAUUGAAAAGCAAAUGGUGAACGCAGCUUCAGCAGGUAAAUUAACGAUAAUGAGAAAUAUCGGAGAUUUGGAAGCUGGUGCUGGAAAAGAUCAAGGUAAAGGUAAAGGCAAAGGAAAAGCUUAA